AGGCGCAUCUCAAACAAGCCUCUUGAUGCACUUCCUCGCUCUGGCGUCAUCGUGUCGUUAGCUCCUUGUUAUGAACUUCAGCACAGAUCAGAUCAGAUCAGACCAGACCUGACCAGACCAGACUGCUGCUGCGUAUCAGUCCAGCUCAUGCACGACUUCUGUCCGCUCUUUCCAGCGAUUUCACUAUAAAUACCCGCGGUUCACUCGCGAUAUUUGGUAAAGGCAUUGCUGAAUGUCACAGAAUGGCAGUGGACUGGUGGGGCUUCGCCUAUGCUGCAGCUCUUGCUCUGGGAGGCUUCAUGGGCUAUAAAAGAAAAGGAAGUGUGGUGUCGUUAAUUGCCGGACUCUUCUUUGGAAGUGUGUCUGCAUAUGGAGCAUAUAAAAUAACAAAUGAUCCGCACGAUUACUGGACCUCUCUGAUCGCCGCCGGUGUUCUGGCUGUUGUGAUGGGAAUGAGGUUCAGGAAAUCUGGGAAAGAUGGUAAAACUAACAACAUUAUUAACUGUCUUGAUAUUUACUUUGGAAGCUGA